CGGACGGAGAGCGGUCUCGGAGCAGGCCCGCCUAGCUAACUUAUGCACUGCGCAGUCCGAUGUGGAAAUAAUCCGAUUCUGACAGCUUCAAAACCAAGUUCAGCACCACGUUUCUAGCCAUUUUAAUCAAUUGAUUGUCCUCAACUAAAACUUGUUCUAUUGCCUCGUGAAUUCUGUCGUGACUACCCAUACAGUCGCUUAGUUCGUAGCUAUGGACGCAGCUAUCGACCUGACAGACCGCUCCAAAGCUCUGGACCUGAACAACAUUCGUGCACAGCUUAUUCGCCUCGAAGACACAAUCACAUUCCACUUGAUAGAGCGGGCCCAAUUCCCCGCCAACAAAACAAUCUAUGUCGCUGGCGGCGUCCCCAUCCCCGGCAGCAACCUAAGUCUUAUGGACUAUCUCCUUCGCGAGCAAGAAAAACUCCAAUCGCGAGUGCGCCGCUACGAAUCACCAGACGAACACCCCUUCUUCCCAGAUGCGCUCGAAACCCCAAUCUUAGAACCACUCCAAUACCCGGAGAUCCUACACUCGAACGACGUGAACGAAAACCCGGCCAUCAAAAAACGCUACAUUGAGGAAAUUAUCCCUUCUGUCUGCCGUCAAAAUCGUGUUGAUCGGGGCGUGUCACAGGAAAAUUAUGGAUCAUCAGCGACAUGCGACGUUAACCUCUUACAGGCACUAUCACGGCGUAUCCAUUUUGGCAAGUUUGUGGCCGAGUCGAAAUUCCAACAAGAUCCCGAGAAAUUUGUGCGAUUGAUCAAGGCUGGUGAUCGGAUGGGUAUUGACGAGGCGAUUACAAACUCCAAAGUGGAAGAGCUUGUGCUUAAGCGGAUUGAGACGAAAGCGCAGACUUAUGGGAGUGAUCCUGUUUUGGCGGAGUAUAGUAACAAGGUUGAUGCCGAGGCUGUUGUCAAGAUGUACCAGAAUAUUAUCAUUCCUAUAACCAAGGUCGUUGAAGUGGAAUAUCUUAUGCAGCGCCUGAUAGGAACGCAAUGGCAAUAGUUCUUCACCAAAUGAACUAACUAUCUUUCGGCUUAUGAUUUAUGGCAAAGCUCAAGCGUUUAUUUGUGUAAGAAUAAAGACUUUAAACAGGCGGCUUCAAAUACUCCGUAAUCGCCUUAACCGCAUUCCCAAACUUCCCUUCCUCAAUCAACAUCAAACUCCCCGCAGGCUUAAUCCCAAAAUCUUGAAAUGCCCUCUUCGAAUCCGACGCACCCUCUGCCUGUUUAUGCGUAUAUUCAAACGUGCCAUGGCACAAGGUAUGUCUCUCAAACACUUCAUCCUCCGGAUGAAAAUAGAACUUGUUUUCAUUGUUAUUUCCCGCAGUUGUAGUUUUCUUCUUCUUUUUCUGAGGUCGCGAUUCCUCUACAUCCAGUUUUGACUCUACUUCUUCGUAGGUUUUGGAUAAGAUGAGGUAGUGUGUGAAAUUGUAUGGUUCCUUUUCCUCGAGUGCCCACGAGAUUUCUUCCAGGAGCAUGGAGUACAUUGGCGGUACGACUUCGGCGGGGAUAUUGAUUAGACGUUCCGUCAGGAUGAGGCCGAUAGCUGGUGGAUUCUCGGGGUUGGCAAGUAGACGCGCCAAAGAUGCGAGAGAAGGGUUCGAGGAUGAUUUUUGCGCAAU